AACAGGAUCUGAUUGGAUGUCAGCGCUCUAGUGGUUGAGGAAGCAGCUGUUUUGCAACAGUUUCUGCGGGCGUUACACAAACUUUACAACUCCAAGACUUUAUUUCGCACAAACUGUACAUCUGCUUUAAGCUUUGUUUUCAGGUUACAGCCCGUGUGGAAAAUGGCGAAGGUCGACCUUGCUCAAGUUGGAAAGAACUCGUUGAAAAGCGCUGAAACUGGAGAGAUUGUAGAGCUUCAGUCUCUGUGGCAGGACCAGCCGGUGGUAUUGUUCUUCCUGCGCAGAUUUGGCUGUCAGAUAUGUCGGUGGAUGGCAUCAGAGAUCAGCAAACUAGAGCCGGACCUGAGAGCCAGUCGUGUAGCGCUGGUGGGCGUCGGACCGGAAGAGUUUGGGCUGAAGGAGUUCAAGGAAGGAGGGUUUUUCAAAGGAUCCAUAUACGUUGACGAACAAAAGAAAACCUACAAGGACUUGGGCUUCAAAAGAUACACAGCUGUAAGUGUGGUUCCUGCUGCUUUGGGGAAGAAAGUACGAGAGAUAGCUGCAAAGGCCAAAGCUGACGGCAUCCAGGGAAACUUCUCAGGAGAUCUGCUGCAGAGUGGAGGCAUGCUUAUUGUGGCCAAAGGUGGAGAAAAGGUCCUGCUGCACUUUAUCCAGGAUUCACCGGGAGACCACUUACCUCUGGAGGAUAUUUCCAAGGCUUUAGGUAUCUCAGCCACAGUAAAAGCAGGACAGAGACCAGUGUGCAACGAUGAUGUUUGUACCCGAUGAUGACAGAGCUGCUUUUUCAGACUGGGAAGCUGAAAAGGAGAUUUAAGAAGUGGAUCUACUUUGUGACAGUUAUAUAUUAUCUACAGUGAAAACAAGAGUGAUAUUCCUUUAUAAUCGUUACCUUUUAAUUGUAAUAUUAGCAUCAAUGAUUAUUGUAUGUAAUUUGUUUUUAGAUUAUCUUAUAUGUAUACUGAUCAAGGUGAUUUUCUUUACACUAACAGUUUAUAAAUUAUUAUAAAUUAUUAUGUAU